UGUUACUCUGAUCAAACAGGAGGUUAUUUCGAAAGAUUCUUAAAAUUUACAAGUAAAACUCUUGUAUUCGUGCAUAAGUCGUAAAACGUAUAUUCUCAAGUUGAUUGCAAGAUGAUUAACAUUUCAGUAUCAGAGUUUAUGAUUUUAUGCAGUAGCAUCCUUUUAAUCUUUCUCCUGCUAACCGAAGUUCUUGAUUGGACUCAAUUGUUUCCCUGGGUGGAGAACGAGUGUUUCCCUUCGUUCACGUUCGAUUACACUGAUCGAAAUGGGCCACACAUGUGGAAAGUGUUGUACCCCGACAGCACGGGCUUUAAUCAGUCUCCAAUCAACAUUACAACACGAUCGGUCGUCGUUGUGCAACCAUCGGAACCUCUUCGUUGGAAUGGCUACAAUAAGGCACCAUUGUCGAUAUCUAUAAUGAACAAUGGAAAUAAUGUGAUAGUAAACACCAUGUGGGGUAGCCUGACUCAACCAUACGUCCAUGGGGGAUCAUUAACUAGUAUUUAUGAUCUCUGUUCGAUGGUAUUUCAUUGGGGACGGUCAGACAACGAAGGCAGUGAGCACACUUUAGAUUAUGUUCGGUACCCCAUGGAACUACAAGUGUGGCACAUAAAACGAGGGUUCAAUUCAUUGAUGGAUGCAAUUGCUGCAAAGAUGAGCGAUGCUCUGCUCAUUGUAUCAUUUCUUUUUCAGAUUACAAAUGCAGAUAAUCCAUACUUGGACCAUCUGGUGACAAACUUAUGGCAAAUAGUUGAACCAGGAUCGAGGUUACACAUACCACCCUUUCCUUUAACUUGGAUCUGUCCACUUCCUGAAAAUAAUUAUUACACUUACAAUGGUUCCCUUACUCAACCACCCUGCAGUGAAAUCGUCACAUGGAUCGUUCAACCUGAACCCAUUGCUAUAUCUUCAUCUCAAGUUGCACAAUUUCGGAAGGUCUGUUCAGCAAAUGGCCCUAUUCUAUCAAAUUGCAGGCCCGUUCAAUUAAUUAAUGAACGUGACGUUUAUUUCCAUGCCUAACAUAAGUUGUUUGUAUAUUGU